CCUUCAGAAUGCACUUUGUACCUUCUCGUUUCACGCAGACAUACCCGACAGCUGCAUCUCCAUAUGUUUCUCGACAUGCCCUAUACAUAAUUUAAAACUAUUUGAUAUUACAUUUAGAACUAGUUGUUAAAACACAGAUUAAUAGACACAUGUCAGUCAUAACAUAACCUUUUUUUUUACGAGGUGGAAAUCCCUUCGAAUCCCCCGCGCCUCCGGGGGGAGGGCGGGGGUAUGCGGUGCACGUUAGCCGCUAAAACCACCCCGGUUGCCUUCUUCGCGCGCAUAUGUGGCCGGGUCUCGGGAACACGAUGUAUACUACCGUUGCCCGGCCGCGCUACUCUCCCCUGGUGUUCGGGGAGAGUCCUACCCUGCGGCCCACGAUGGAUGUGGGCCGCGGCGGAGUACAGGGCAACACCAUACUCCGCCCUUCCCUACGGGCCGAUACUGGGGGAGUGGAGCGCCCCCGCGCUCCAUCCCCCAGCCCGUAGGGGUCCCACUAGUGGUCCCAAGCAUGGGACCACUUAUGGUGGGACCCCCGUCCCCGUGCCCGCGGGCACCGCCAGAGAUCCCUUAUUUGGGUUCUCUGGCUCUGCACCUUUUAAGCUGCCUUUUCACCUUGCGUCUGGAAGCCAGAUUCGUUUGGCCGGUUACCCCCACUCCGAGCGCAGAUUCUCCGCCUGGCUUGCUCCUGGCGUUUGGACGCCAGAAGUUCGGAAUGGUCGAACUUCUAGCUGAAAUUCGCUACGUGACAAAGUGACAACACGAAAAUAAAAAUGAGUUCAUUUGGCAACGGCAAUGAAGACAGAAACGAGGUAAGUUUAUAUCUUUAUUAUUAAUAUCAAUUCAUUAAUUAUUUACUGAUUGCCGAAUUGCUGAAAAAGUAUGCGUCUAUGGCACAUUUGCGUACAUAACCUAUUGCAAUGCUGUACGAAAAAAAAGAAGUAUGUCCCCAAUAGUAUUUUUUCUUGAUCGAGAGUUGAACCGAUGCAUCCUUCUGGAUAUAACACCGUUACCCCGGUGUCACACUAUGCGUUUUGAGGUUACGGUUUUUUUAACCACGUUGCGAUUGACCACAGCCACUCAUCCUUGAUCGGUGCCUGGAGACUUUCCAUUGUACUAUCACUGUGAGUGGCUGUCGUCAAUCGCAACGUAAUAAAAAAAACCCUCACCGUUUUGACUGGACCGGUUUCGCCGCAGAAGGAUGUUUCCUAUUGAAAAUAACGUGUCAUCCUUCUGCAGCGAAACUGGUCCGGUCAAAACACAUAAUGCGACGCCGGACUUAGUAGAUAUUAUUUCAUUGUAUUAUGCAUUACAGGAAUCCAUCAUCGAAGGAGUAAGUACCUGUGGGGUGUGUAAGUGCAUCUGCAAUGCAGAUGAAAUCGCAAAUCACCCGUGUAUGAAAGGUUUUACGAGAUUCUACGUUGACGAGAAGACUUGUUAUUUUUACCCGCAGUUAGGUAAGUAUACUGUGAACUGGAAUUAAAUCUAUUGUAUAAAAUAUACGUCCUGGUAAAAAUACCAGCUACAACUAUAUUAAAAUGUAUAAAACACUACAUAAAAUCACAUACAGUUCAAUGAAGUCCUGAGUGGUAUUUUGUAUAUAAAUAAAUGUGGUUUUAUCCGGCUAAUAUUGUAUUGCUUUUGUGCAUGCAGAGAAUGGAAACAUUGUACGUAAAAGCGCAUUAGGUGACGAGGAGGUUAAUGUAGUGGAGGACAUAGCUCAUUCUAUUGUGAAUGACGAGCAUGUCCAAGAAGAAGAAGGCUUCGACAAAAAGAACGAUGUCCCUGUGAAUGUAUUUGAAAGGAAGAUGUUCAUAGAAGAGCACCUCAUCGAGGCGGUCAGGAAACGACCGCCUCUGUGGAAUUUCAGGCUUCCAAUAGGAGACAGAGGAAUCCGGGCGAAAGAAAAGUUAUGGGAGGAAGUCUCCAAUGUUAUGCAAGGUAUAAUGUUUUUCAAGUAAUACUACACCUGAUGUAUGUAUGGGCAAUAGUAUUCAUGUUACGACUAUAUAUGCAUUCUUCUUUUACAGGUUUGCUUACUGCCAGUGAAGCCAAAAAAAAUGGAAAUCUCUGUCUGACAUUCCGCAAACACACCAGGGCAGCGAUCAUGUAUUUUCAAACGGAAUUUUUCACUUUUCACUUUUCACUCAGUGAUUUCACGCGACCUUUUUCACGAAUCACGGUGCGAUCAUAUAGUUAAAAUGCGUGAAAAGUGAAAUUACCAAAAGCGAAGACUAACCUAUCGCAUCGUUCCGACUAACACCUUUGUGCCGACGACGAGAGGACGAGCCUGCUUCAAAACAAUGCCUGCUUCAUUAUGCUAUUAUUAGAGAGCCUCUAGCUAUUAUGCAUCAAUUCUCAAAAAAUUCUUUCGAGGCGAACACGUCCGAACACAUUUAACGGUCUCGUCGAUAUUCAGAAAUAUGUACCGAUGUACGUCUUUGACUAUAUAAAUAGUCAAAGAUGUACGUUUCUUCAAUCACAGUGCAGUAAUAAUAAUAUAUUAUUACAAAAUCACUAGAUUUUCCCUUUUCCGCCAACACAUUUGAUGGCGAAGAAGUUCAUGUGAAAAGUUUCACAUUUCCACGUUUUGCCGAGUCACAUAAUCACGAGUUCACGUGAAACUUUUCACUUUUCGCCUAUCCGCCCUAGGGGAAAAGAUACAUGAUCGCUGCCCAGAAGUAUAGAUUUGCCAAGUGGAUCAGCUGCAGCCAAAAAGAGGUCUAAGUGGGCGCAUACUGGGGCAAUGGAGUUUCUGCGUGACGUGCAAUUACAGAGCCAGUAUGUAUAUGGUUUCGCACAAUAUAAAUUAUUUUUACAUUUUUCCAUUUUCUCGUGUGCUGUGGGUAGUGUACCUAUAUUAUCAAUAAAUGUCAAAAUUUCUAAUAAUUUCAGGACGACGUCGAACAUUGAAGCAGACGACACUUGCACUGAUGAGGCUAGUACAUUCGAUGACGUUGAAGAGUUGUCGAGCAGCGGACGUGAAUCACGCGACGAAUUGCAGCACCGAAAAAAGAAAGGCUCACAGUUGUAUGAUGAAAUUAGGCAGUUGCUUCAUGAGCCCAUAAACAUGGACCUCCCUGCUGCUGAGCCUGACGAAUCUACUGCAUUCUGUAUGGUAGUUGCCAGUAAACUCAAGCAACUUAAUGACUCUACGCGAAUGACAGCAAUGAUCCGUAUCCUGGAGGUGCUACGACAGGAACUUAAAAAUUCCACUGAAACUUAAAGGCUUUAGGCUGGGUCUACAUAGGAUGUAGUAAGUCGUGUCGGAAGAAAUUGACCAAUCACAGU